CUCACCUGGCUGAGCUCAGUCUGCGACUCAUUACCAUUUCCAAUACAAACUAAAGCAGAGGCUCAUUGUGUCCUGUGAGCUCCAAAAGUCAAGGUGCUCCUUGGUAGAUUCUCCUCAAAGACACACGAAGAGCAGAGACAUGGCAGUGGCAAACUUCCAGUACAUCACCAGGAUGAGCAGCGGCUUCAAAGUCUACAUUCUGGAAGGUCAGCCACACCUCAGAAGUGAAGACCGAUACCGACACAUGAGCAGUGAGCGGGCUCGGGUCCCCACCGUCUACCCGAUCAAGCGCAAACGCAGCCACGAGAGAUGCUCCACACUGGAGGAACGGAGGGAGCGAGCUCUGAACAGGAGUCUGGGUAAAGCCUCUCAGAGAACCGUGCCCCGUGCCACGGGACUCAACAGCCCACAGAGCCCCACGUCCACCUGGAGUCCGACCCCGAGCCCCACCAGCCCCAUGCCCCCACAUGUGUACUAUGAACCCAUCAUGGACGAACCUCUCGCCCUCAUCAAGAAGCCAAGAAAGGAGCCUGAAAACGCAGAGAAGACCAAAACAGCCCCCACCAGCGCUCAGACUCAGGUGCGUCCGUCGGUGAUCACCUGCGUCUCCUCGCUGAGGAGCCUCUCCUGCAGAUCUGAGGGCCACUCAUCAGUGAUUUCCAAAUGCAGCUACGAACACAUUGUGGACGAACACUUCCAGAGGAGCCUCGGAGCCAAUUACCAGAAGAGCAGCUCCCAGCAGCUCUCCAUCAGCCUCUCAGUUGAUGACCAUUUUGCCAAAGCCCUGGGGGACAAGUGGCUGCAGAUUAAAUCCAAGUCCUCCUCCUGUUCUUCCACGCCUCCCAGCAGCCCCAGCAUCACACAGUCCCCCAGCUACAGCCCGAAUCAGUCGCACAAAGACGCCCCAUGCAGCUCCUCGCCAUCCUCUAGCCACUGGUCUGUGAACUAAAACAGACCCCUCACAGGACUUUUGGACUUAAAACAUUGCAUCGCUGUUUGUCAGGCAGCAGUUUUAAGGAACAUCGAGUGUAAAAACGCAGAUGAAUGUCGUGGUUGUGUUACAUUUCUUUCCUCUGCUUGCUGUGAGCUAGAUGGUGAUCCGUGUUGUUUCAACCGUUUAAUCCUUUACAUUUCUUUGGAUCGUGUCAUUCUUUCAGUGUCACACUUUGUAUUAUAUUUAUACGUGGAUGCACCUGGGUACCUUACAGUUGAACUGACUAGCCUUUGUUACUGUAAUAUGUGGUCCGACAGAGGAAAAUAAACUUGAUUUUUUUGAAUAAAAACCGAAACAGAU